CACACUAUAUCACAUAAAUGCGAUAACAAUGUGUAUGUAUGUGUACAGCGGAGCGGCCGUUCAAGUGCGAGCGGUGCCCGAAGGGGUUCACGCAGCGCGCGGCGCUCCGCUCGCACGAGCUGACGCAGCACACGCCGCACCUGCGCCCGCUCGCGCUGCACCGCUGCAAGCUGUGCCCCAAGGUGUUCCUGCACCCCUCCGGUUUAAGCCGACACAUGGUAGCUCAUACGGAUCGGUACUACGCGUGCAGCACGUGUGAACGCGCCUUUAAAGACAAGAGUUCUCUCUUAAGGCACCUGAAGACAUUAAAACACAAAGCGACCACCUAGCCUCCACUCCACAGCUCUCUGCUGUAUACACACAAAGGGAUUAUAGAACGUUCUAGAUAAUAAUAGACUAAUAGAGACGAAAUUGUAUUGUCAUGCAUUGAUUGGUGCUGGAUUUGAACGUUCGUGACUUACGAGUCAUUCCAAAGUUUUUGGCGGUAAAAAUGACAGCUCUUAACUGGUAAAGAUGGAAUUAAUAAUAUACGAAAUUGAAGACGCUAACAAUAGGUUAAUAAUAUAUUGUGGUAAUGAUAUUAAAUUUAUUUUUUAUCAAAACAUUUUAAGAAAUAGAAUAAUCUCGAUGUUGUGCAAUUAGAAUAAUUAUAAAUGUGAAUUGUAUAAAGAUGAUGAAGGAAUUUCAUUGUAGUCAAUGUUUUAUAUUCAAGUAUGUAUAUUUUUCGUACGUGUUUAUGCAGAUGUAGCCAUUUCGUGAUAAAUGUUCAGUGAAUGCCAAGUAGGCUAUUAAGUAGAUAGUUACUUGUAAUUUGCCAAAAUAUGUUCCACUUUUGUCGAUAUGAUUUCAGUAUUGAAUAAAUUAUGAAACUGUU